UAAUAUAAAGUAUUUACGUUGUGCAUUUUUAUCAAAAAUAUUAAUAAAGACGAAACCGCAAUGGGGAAUGCUAGUUAUGGUAUAUGAUACUUCACAAGCGUUUCAGUUCUGUACAAUGAAUCGAUUACGCUUUAUUACUAGUCCGAAGCAGGUGCCACUUGAGCCGUUUAUUGACAAUAAAGGAAGUUGCAAAAUGGAUCGGAGGUAUCAAAAGGUCGAGAUGGGGGUGGGUGCGUUCCACCACCCGCCGCGAGCAAAAUACAGUGAGGACACGAAAAAUUUGAUCAAACUUUUAAUGGAAGAAUCGAAAGUGAGUAUGAUGAGAAGGAAGUCCAUUCAGGAAGCGAUUAAUAGGGGUGAAUCCUUGCCACCAGUUGAAGAAGGAUUGAAGAGAGGCUCGAAUAAAAAUAAUUCUCAAUAUCAGGUCUUGCUGCCUACUGUUUGGAAGAAGCGGACCCAAGAUAUGAUCGUUCAAAGCGGCGCAUAUGAGAGAGAGCAAUAUAGACGACUAUCACCUUUGCGUAACAAAGAAAAGCAGAAGCGUCAUUUGGCAUGCAUGAUGGCAUAUGGGAAGGACAUGCCUGAAACUCCUCGGGAGAUCUCGAGCUUAUAUAAAUCGCGACGACCGCCACCACGUGCCGAUACCGCUGAACUUAUCGAUAAUUUGGCGCGUGGAAUUCAAGAGCGAAUGGAAUUUUUAAGCGACAUGGAAUGCCUUGGAAUGGGUAAAAAGUACCGUCCUAUGAUACAACAAGAAAUCGCUGGUAAAUUGCGAUUAAUCGAAUCGGUGGAUAAGCAAAAGUCCAAAGAGAUUCGAAAAGAGAUCAGGGAUCUAGAGAGACCAGUGCCGAAACCAUUCCCUUUAGGACAACUCGAUGAUAACUAACAAUUUUUCUAACUUACGAACUCACUUAAGUAAUUUAUAUUUUGUACGAAUUUUGU